AUGGCGUUACUGGAAACUCUAUUUCUUGCCCUAUGUAUUCUACUGCUUUCUACAGAUGCGUACCAGAAUCUAUCAGACGCGACAUUAGAGACCCUCUCUCGUCCUGGACCUGACUUCAAUAUUCAUAAUGGGGCCAUUCUCGCACCACUUCUGCAGCCUCGGGUUCCAGGCACGCCUGGUUCGGAGGCAGCCCGAGAACAUAUCAUCCAAUUCCUCAAUUCGCAACUUCCGCAGUGGACAACAGAGCUACAGAUAUCCAGCACCAGAACAUCAAUCUCGGGCAAUAAAUCAACCCCAAUGGUAAACGUUAUUGCCUAUCGUGAUCCACCGGGAGCAAAUCCAACCAAUGUGGGAAGACUCACACUGGUCGCGCACUAUGACAGCCUUCAUGAACCGGAGGGUUUUAUCGGCGCCAUGGAUAGCGCAGCACCAUGUGGAAUAAUUAUGCACGCAGCUCGCAGUAUAGAUCCCGCCUUGACUCAAAAGUGGAAUGAGAUAAGAUCCGAGUCAGCCUCUACAGACAGUUUAUACGGGAUCCAAGUGAUCUUCACCGAUGGUGAGGAAGGGUUCGCCGACACAUUAAUAGCAUAUGAUGGGUUGUACGGAUCACGUUCUCUGGCUGCGCAUUGGGCAGUGGACAAGUAUCCCUCACCUUCGAAGUAUGAAUCUCGUCUUCUUUCAAUCUCUCUGUUCGUGCUUUUGGAUCUUCUUGGGGCGAAGGAUCCGCAGAUUGGAUCAUACUACCCGGUUACUCACUCGGAUUACCAGCGCCUCGCCACGUUGGAACAACGACUGCGAGCGCUAGGUCAAUUAGUGUCUACUAUGACGAACGACAGCUCAUGGUUCAUUGAUCGCAACACUGAAGCCCGAAACCUAACACGCUAUCCCGUAGAGGAUGACCAAGUUCCAUUUUCCGCGCUUGGGGUGGAAGUGUUACAUUUGAUUGAUACUGAGCCGGGCACUGGAGAGUUUCCUAAAGUUUGGCAUACUCUCGAGGAUGAUGGAGAGCAUUUGGACCUUGACACGGUGGAAGAUUGGGGACUCUUGAUCACCGCUUUUGUGGCGGAAUGGUUAGAAUUGGAAGGGUAUGUGGGGAAAUCAGAUUAG